CAGAAAGUCGAAAGUGAAAACCAUCUUUAGACCUGUUAUAAUAAGUAUUUACAUACAUUGUACACAGUUCUACUUAUAAUGAGUGCUAAAUUGAAAUCGUCACACUUACAACAAAGUGUGCAACAGGCCAAGAUUACUGGAGCACAACGCGGGCCGAGGCCAGCAGAAGUUCCAGUGCUAAAGUUGGAGACGCUACACGACAUGGGAGAGGAGCAUCUUGCUAUGAUUCCCAUGAAAGCUGCAGUCAAGAUUGACCAAGGAAACCUUUCAGCCAUGAGCUGGGGCUCUCCAGCCUCCACAAACUCCAAACAGUUUCUCGAGACCAAGGUGAAGCCCUUAACUAAUGAUCCAGGGGCUUUUGUGGAUCUUAGGGAUUCACUACAGCUGAACCACAGAGUCCAGACACAAAGAAGUCCACUGUACAGCCACAAACCAAUCCUGGAUCCAUCUGACUUCACCUCCAAAAACACAGUACAACCCAGCUACAAGAUGAGGGAGUCAGAGGGGCUUACAGAAGAGAGAAAACUGCAAGCUGUUAUUGAGCAGGUUAUGGUAGACCAGCUGUCGAGGGCUGUCAUUAGCGAUCCGGAACAGAAUGCUUUGUCUGUCAGUCCCACGAGUGUCCCAACACGCUACAGGAGAACUCUUCACCACACGGAGGUCAAAACUAGAACAUCCUUAACAGAGAACCUCUUAUCCAACAAGCUCUGCUUUCAAGCCAGGAUUUUAUCAAGGUGCGGACGUGAGGCAUGUCGAGAGCUUAUUGGCUUCUUUUUCACAUGUGACCAAACACUGACGGUGUACGAGUAUCGAAAUUUUGGUAAAAACAGAUGUAAUGCAUUGCCCUUUAUAACUCGCGGUGUGUAUUUGGACAGAGGGAGGCCGUACUGCCUGCAGGAUAUCUCACAGGGUGCCGAACUUCACUUCUCUACAAGUGGCCCACACCUCCCCCAAAGUCUGAGGCAGCAGCUGUGUCUGACUCUCAAAGUUACUGAUGUGGAUGAGACAGCCAAGAGAGCUCUGCUUGCCCAGUCUGGGGAAAGACUAGAUCAUCUCUCUCAAGAGGAAAUCAAUGAAACAAACACCCUCAAGGCAAUUCAAGGUGCAGUUCGUGAUAGGCUGAGGGGAUGUGCCGUCCAGACCCUGAUGAAUCUAGGCAGACAUCUGCAGAACUCUGAUCUAAAGGCUCAUAGUGUUCAGAGAAAAGAGCUGCUCAGAAAAUCUCUGAUGGACCAUCUGUGUCUCACUCAACAGGACUUCGAGGCGGUGUGGAGGAUUGUGAGUCGGCGUGCGGAGGUGCGGGUGCACCCCACUGAUGUGAUGCGCGCUGUUACCGGAGAGAUGAGUGAGAACAGAAAAGCUGUCUUUCUAAAGGUUUAUAUAAAGCUUGACCCAAAUAAAACCGGUUCCAUCUCCCUAACUGAUAUAGAAAAAUUCUAUAGAGGCAAACAAGACUCUGUCCCAACACACGAAGUGAGUUCAAACCCUGACUUCCUUGCCUUCGUACAAGAAGCAGGAAAGGUCACAAAAAGUGUGUCCUACGCUGAGUUUGAGGACUAUUAUGAGGGUCUGAGUAUCGAAAUCCUUGAUGAUGAAGAAUACAUCAACAAUCUGAGAGUUACGUGGAGUAUCUGACAGUGUGAUAGAUUCCCAUAUCAACUGCCUGGUUUAUACUGGUUUAUACUGGUUUAUAUUUGUAAAAAUAAGUCAAACAUUGCGCUACUGCACUGAACAUAAUGCAAUGAUGCAGCUCCAUUUUGUAAAUAGUUUUUGCUUAUUUGCAGCUCAAUGCAAAGUUGACUUUAUAUACUGUAACUCUGAAAUGACCAAAUGCUUUAGCUGUGACUUUGUGUGUUGUUGUAGAUCUAUCAUGUGAAACAUUUCAAUUACUGCUUAAAUUGUCACAUGCUAACCAGUUUUUAUCUGAUUAAGCUACAACAAUAUCUGUACAUAUUUACACUUUAAGAUGAAAGAAAAUUAAUUGACAGAUGAAUCGUGUGUGCAAUAUGGGCAUAAAUAUACUCAUGGCAUUAAAAGGUUAUCCGUGUCUAUAUGCAUGGAAG